AUGGCCAACAAAGCCUACAACUCUUCGAUACCUCGUAUGAGCCGAUCCACCCCCGCGAGUCUGCCACAAGUGACAUCUCCGGUGAAUCCCAGCUACGUGGAGGAUGAAGAGGCCCCCACCAUCAAAGGCAAGAGAAAGCCAUCUGGCCCCGACAAGCGAGAGAGCUGCCAGCGACUCAAGACAAUCAGAGCGUGCGACAUUUGCAAAGAGAAAAAGACUCGCUGCAGCGGGACUCGUCCAUGUGCGCGUUGCCACCGACUGUCGUUGGUCUGUGAAUACGAAACGACCUACUCCAGGGGACUCGGCCCGCCGCCGCCACCACCGUUGGAGCUGAGCUUCGACGAUCAGCCGGACGAGCAGCAGUACUUCAAACAUGACGCGAGUUUCCCAACAUCCAUUCAACAGCCCGUUCAGCAUGAGGCUGCUCAUCGUGCUCCUACGCGCAGUACCGAUCUCUUGACCGCGGACUUCCAGGGAGGCUACCUAGACUUGGCGUCAGGAACCUCGUUUAUCAACCGGAUAUGUCAGCGCCUCGACCAAGACAAGACGCCGUCCACCGGGGCCGUGAGUGUGUUGGAUGGGUUCCAUGGUGAACUCUCAGGCAGCCCAUCUGUCACUAGGUUUGGGGACAAGCCGUAUUCAAGCCUCUACAAGCUUGAUUUCACCCUUCCUCCGUUGGAGAGAGCACUGGAGAUGGUCGAAACGUACUUUGAAUAUGCCGUUGUGACCUACCGGUUCUUGCAUCGCGGUCAUGUCGAGCAAUGGCUUCGUCAGAUCUACCAGAGCAACAUUUCGGCGACAAACCCGCCCACAGACCUAAUGGUGGGCAGGUGCUGUAUUGUGUACAGCGUUCUUGCGAUUGGUACACUUUAUGAGAGGCGAACUCCCGAGUCCGACGUAGAUUACGAUGAGCAGAGCGAACGCUGGUUUGCCCUCUCCAAGCGGAUGUCGUCCAUUGAGUCGGGCGCACCACAGCUGGAGACAGUACAAGCGAGACUGAACCGAAGUCUCUACCUACUGGCGUCGUCCCGAGCCAGUGAGUGCUGGUUCGCGUUCGGUACCACCGUUCAGUUCUUGACCGCUCUUGACUUACAUCGCAAAUGGCCGUCCACUAUGGUCGAGGAGGGUAAGGGCACAUACAUGGAGCAAGAACUUCGGAAGCGAACCUUUUGGAGCGUGUACACGUUGGACAAGUAUCUGAGCGUGAUGUUCGGCCGACCACGGUUGCUGCACGAUGAGGAUGUUGAUCAAGAGCUUCCGGACGAGGUGACGGAUCAAGACUUGUUGAUCAAUGAGCCGAGCAUGCGAUCUGGCGUGGCCGAUGAUGCGAUGAUUGCAUCCGUACUGCAUUACCGACUCUCACGCGUGCUGGCAGAUAUUUCAAGGAAGUUGUAUACCGUCAAUCCGCCGGGAGGGUCCCCUUUCGAGGCGGCCAUUCUAUUAACCCUCGAGUUAGAACGAUGGAAGGAGGUCGCAGCCCCGUUGAUGGAUCGCUGGCGGUCUCAGAUUCAGCAGCUUGCCUACUCGCACGCAAUUAUUUACAUCACGCGAUUAUUUCUCUUGAAUGACUGCAAAGAUAUUCCGCAAUCGAGCGUCGUCACUUAUGUUCACAAAUGCAUCGGGGCCGCCGAGGAAGUAAUGACUAUCAUCAACGGACUCGCCAGCCGAAAGGCUCUCAUCCAUGGGUUUUGGUUCACCCAUUACGUGUGCUUCUGUGCUAUUACCGUGGUGUACAUCCACAUCAUCAAACAGCAUCAAGCGUCGGGCGAUCCAUCAAAGAAGGUGGAAAACAGCAGUCAGCUGCAAUAUUUGUUCAGCCUCGCAGAGACCUGCCAACAACAUCUAGGUAAGGCCACCUGCCGGAGCAGUCCCAACCGACGCUACGGCAUUAUUCUGGAGCAGUUGCGUCUUCAAGUCCACCGACAAGUUGUCUCCAGUCUCCGACCAGGCGUUCAAAUGGAGACAGAAGAAAAUAGCCACAAGAGCCUUUCCAAAGCAGACAGUUUUCUUCCGCCUAGCUUCCAUCCCGCGCCUGUUACCGCCAUCUCCCCGAAGCCCAAUAUGGCAUUCGACGCACUGCCCGCCGACCUCUUUGCCUCUCACCUUGUGGACGACUCAUUCAAGUUAUAUGAUAGCUUUGGGUUCCCGGACAGCUCUGAUACUUCAGCCUGGUGGGCACAACUAGACUCCUGGGCGUACACUGAUCUUUCCGAGGAACCGUCCAUCUUCCGGUUUUAG